AAUUUUCCUUAAACAAGUCAUAUCUAUAUAAACUCGCGAGCUUUAGUCUGAACACGCAGUAACAGAUUGAACUUAGAACAUGUUCACUAAAUGUAUAUUUCUUGCCUUAGUGGCAGUGGCUUCAUGCCAUGAUUUAGCUAUAGGAUUCAAUACAAAUGGAAAGAAAAUAUUUGAUGAAACGAAACAAGCCAACCCUGCGAUUUGGAGACAGGUGAAUAACGUAACUGUAACAGCCGGCGACAAUGAAGUGAUAAGUCGUGUAGUUAUAAAAGAUCUGAGGCCAGAAAAGGAUGGAGAUGUGAAAAUAGUUGAAGGAGGAGCAGGACAAAAGAAUGUUACCAUUGAACUCAAAAGUCCAACUGCUUUACGAGGAUAUGAUUUCCAGAUUGAAGUAUAUUCCGUUCCAGAUACCACAGCCCAAAAGGAUAUGAAUUUAGAAGAUGAAGCCCCGAAUACAAAUCAUCAAAAAUCAAUGCCUACGGAAAACACUGAAUCUAAAGACACCCCUAGAACUGUCUCAAAAGAUGAAACUGCGAGGUCAACGCGAAACUCAAUGAAAGACAGUGAAGUGAGUUCAACGGUGGUACCAGAAGAUUGUGUAACAGAUGUGCCCGUCGAAGAUUUUAAUAAAGAAAACAUGAAAAUAUCAAAAGACGCCCAGGAUCAUGAAACAGUAGAAUUUGUUUUAGACACGAAUGAUUCCGCUAAAGAAGCCUUAAAAGCUGAAAGUAUGACUGUAGACCUGCCGAUUGAAGUAAACGAGAAUGAAAGGGAUAUUUUUACAACCACAACAGAAACCGAUGAAAGUACUACUACUUUUGAAACAACCACAUUACCAGACAAUAAUAAAUAUGAUAACGAGCCAAUGAGUGAUGACGGUCUGAGAUGGAAUUGGCAAAGUGUUAAAGAUUUCAAGCCCAUAGUUGAAAUGAAAGAAAACACUACACAAAAAACAUAUAACAAUAAGUUUUAGUACUUUAAUGUUUGCUGUGAUAAUUUUAUUUGAUUUAACAGUACCUAUAUUGAAUUAUGCAAAUUAGCGUCCCUAUACAAUAUUAUAGAGGACAUUUUAACCCUUGUUAACAUAAAUUUGCUAUAAUAAACGCGUAAUUUUGUACGAUCAUUUAAGAACUUUGUGAAUUGUAUUAUAAAACUACGUAAUAGUACCAGUAUUCUAAUAGAAAUAAAUUUUAAUUAUGUUUUUAUACUUUUAAAGUGCCUAUUAAAGUGUGAAAUAAUACAAGUUGUUUUUUUGUUUAUUAUUUAUUAAACUAAUUACAAAUGCUUUAUCAUGGAAUAAUUCAUAACAAUGAAUCAAAUAUAUGACACAAUUUAAGUCAAAAUAUUUUCAAGUUAUACUUCUUUUGGCGCGAUGAGAAAAAUGAUGAGUGAAUUUUUACGACCCGCACACCAACACCUAAAUUCGACAUAGUAAAGUUAGGUCUAGGUGGCAUGAAAA